AAUUGAUAAAAUAUUAUCUUCCAUAGGUGGUAAACCUGUUGAUGGCAAUUUUGCUGACUGUGGAGGUAACUCAUCCAAACUCAAUGCCAUCUGUCAACAUUCAGUAUGAAGUCAUUGGCAAUUACUAUUCAUCUGAGAGAAUGACAGAUAAUGCCUGUGUUCUUUUUGCCGUCUCUGUUCUUAUGUUUAUAAUCAGUUCAAUGCUGGUAUAUGGAGCAAUUUCUUAUCAAGUGGGUUGGCUUAUUCCAUUCUUCUGUUACCGGCUUUUUGACUUCGUCCUCAGUUGCCUGGUUGCUAUCAGUUCUCUCACUUACUUGCCAAGAAUCAAAGAAUAUCUGGAUCAAUUACCUGAUUUUCCCUAUAAAGAUGACCUCCUGGCAUUGGACUCCAGCUGCCUCCUGUUCAUUGUUCUUGCGUUCUUCGUCUUAUUCAUCAUUUUUAAGGCUUAUCUAAUCAACUGUGUUUGGAACUGCUAUAAAUACAUCAACAACCGAAACACACCAGAGAUUGCUGUGUACCCUGCCUUUGAAGCACCUCCACAGUACGUUUUGCCAACCUAUGAAAUGGCAGUGAAGAUGCCUGAAAAAGAACCACCGCCUCCUUACAUACCCGCCUGAAGACAUCCUGCCUUUGUCAAUAAACCCUAUACCAGCUUUUUGUCGUGUUUAUUUUACAGAAUGCUGCAAUACAGGGCUCUUCAAACUUGUUUGAUAUAAACUACAUUUUCCUUUGUGUAAGCAUUUAUUUUCAAACACUAACAAGCUUUUGGGACAUCUAUUAGAAGUCAGUUGUUUUUCUGUUUUACAUUUUAGUAGUUUUUGAAGACAAUCUAGUUAAGCAAGAGCAAAGUGCCAUUGUUUGCCUUUAAUUGGGGGGUGGGGCGGGGUGCUCUCUACACAUUUACUUUUUUAACUUUGCACUUCCUUUAUAUAAUAGUUUGCAUUUUGGUUAUUUUGCUGCCCUGGAUACUUUCAGGAGGAAUGAAUAGAAUAUUCAGGGUGAAUGCGUUAGGUAUAAGAUCUGAAGUUUUCAGCUAUGAAAACAGGAAAAAUGUAUGACGUUUUAACUUGACUAUGGAAAUGACGGUUGCAUGUUUCUAAUUUGUAUGUUUCCAUUUUGUGAUAAGAUGCUUUAAUAAAUUUCUUAAAAUUUA